UACUUGUUGUCGGUUGUUCUUUUGUGUUUGGUGUUUCCGCUCGAGAUUCUUGGGCAUUUUACAAGUGUUCACUUUAGUGGCGGAACUUGUUUCGCAUCGAACUGUGUAAAAUGCAUUACGCCUUUAUGCGCCUGCAACGCAUACAUAAUUAAUCCGAAACGAAAUUGGCACUACGACUGCGGGACCAAAGAAAAAACAAAAAAAGCACGGGGUGCUAUAAAUCGCCCGAGGAAAGAAGUUUAUUUUAAAAUCCAUUUGCCAGUGAAAUCAAUUCCAUUGCAAUUGCCGCAAAAGUGUGUAAAAAUAAUACAAGUUAAAUGUGUUAACAGUUAUUCGUGGGAAAAAGCGUGCCGGUUUUUAUUCACCAAACGGUAAAAUCAACAAGCAAUCGCCUCUUGCUCACUCGCUCGCACUAGCACUUUAAUCCAAUUGAGGUUGGAGGGUCGCUGUCGCCCCACCAGACCACCUGUCUCGCUCGCACCGCCCUCGCAAUGCCGCUCCUGCAGCUAUCGCCUCUCCUCGCACUCCUGCUCCUGCUGUGCAGCAGUGUGAGCGAGACGGCCGCGGACUACGAGAACACCUGGAACUUCUACUACGAGCGUCCCUGUUGCACUGGAAACGAUCAGGGAAACAACAAUUACGGAAAGCGCGGAGCAGAUCAUGUGCGGGAGUUCAACUGCGGCAAGCUGUACUAUCGUACAUUCCAUAUGAACGAAGAUCGAGAUACGCUCUAUGUGGGAGCCAUGGAUCGCGUAUUCCGUGUGAGCCUGCAGAAUAUCUCCUCAUCCAAUUGUAAUCGGGAUGUGAUCAACUUGGAGCCAACGCGGGAUGAUGUGGUUAGCUGCGUCUCCAAAGGAAAAAGUCAGAUCUUCGACUGCAAGAACCAUGUGCGUGUCAUCCAGUCAAUGGACCAGGGGGAUAGGCUCUAUGUGUGCGGCACCAACGCCCACAAUCCCAAGGAUUAUGUUAUCUAUGCGAAUCUUACCCACCUGCCGCGCUCGGAAUAUGUGAUUGGCGUGGGUCUGGGCAUCGCCAAGUGUCCCUACGAUCCCCUCGACAACUCAACUGCGAUUUAUGUGGAGAAUGGCAAUCCGGGUGGUCUGCCCGGCCUGUACUCAGGCACGAAUGCGGAGUUCACCAAGGCGGAUACGGUUAUUUUCCGCACUGAUCUGUAUAAUACUUCGGCUAAACGUUUGGAAUAUAAAUUCAAGAGGACUCUGAAAUACGACUCCAAGUGGUUGGACAAACCAAACUUUGUCGGGUCCUUCGACAUCGGGGAGUACGUGUACUUCUUCUUCAGGGAAACCGCUGUGGAAUACAUCAACUGUGGCAAGGCCGUCUAUUCACGCAUCGCACGGGUGUGCAAGAAGGAUGUGGGCGGAAAGAACCUGCUGGCCCACAACUGGGCCACCUACCUGAAGGCCAGACUCAACUGCAGCAUCUCCGGCGAAUUUCCGUUCUAUUUCAACGAAAUCCAAUCGGUCUACCAACUGCCCUCCGAUAAGAGCCGAUUCUUCGCCACAUUCACGACGAGCACUAAUGGCCUGAUUGGAUCUGCCGUAUGCAGUUUCCACAUUAACGAGAUUCAGGCUGCCUUCAAUGGCAAAUUCAAGGAGCAAUCUUCAUCGAAUUCCGCAUGGCUGCCGGUGCUUAACUCCCGGGUGCCGGAACCACGGCCGGGUACAUGUGUCAACGAUACAUCAAACCUGCCCGAUACCGUACUGAAUUUCAUCAGAUCCCAUCCACUUAUGGACAAAGCCGUAAAUCACGAGCACAACAAUCCAGUCUAUUAUAAAAGGGAUUUGGUCUUCACCAAGCUCGUCGUUGACAAAAUCCGCAUUGACAUCCUCAAUCAGGAAUACAUUGUGUACUAUGUGGGCACCAAUCUGGGUCGCAUUUACAAAAUCGUGCAGUACUACCGCAACGGAGAGUCGCUGUCCAAGCUGCUGGAUAUCUUCGAGGUGGCUCCGAAUGAGGCCAUCCAAGUGAUGGAAAUCAGCCAGACACGUAAGAGCCUGUACAUUGGCACCGAUCAUCGCAUCAAGCAAAUCGACCUGGCCAUGUGCAAUCGCCGUUACGACAACUGCUUCCGCUGCGUCCGUGAUCCCUACUGCGGCUGGGAUAAGGAGGCCAAUACGUGCCGACCAUACGAGCUGGAUUUACUGCAGGAUGUGGCCAAUGAAACGAGUGACAUUUGCGAUUCGAGUGUGCUGAAAAAGAAGAUUGUGGUGACCUAUGGCCAGAGUGUUCAUCUGGGCUGUUUCGUCAAAAUUCCCGAAGUGCUGAAGAAUGAGCAGGUGACCUGGUACCAUCACUCCAAGGACAAGGGACGCUACGAAAUUCGUUAUUCGCCGACCAAAUACAUUGAGACCACUGAACGUGGCCUGGUUGUGGUUUCCGUGAACGAAGCCGAUGGUGGUCGGUACGAUUGCCAUUUGGGCGGCUCGCUUUUGUGCAGCUACAAUAUCACGGUGGAUGCCCACAGAUGCACUCCGCCGAACAAGAGUAAUGACUAUCAGAAAAUCUACUCGGACUGGUGCCACGAGUUCGAAAAGUACAAAACAGCAAUGAAGUCCUGGGAAAAGAAGCAAGCGCAAUGCUCGACACGGCAGAACUUCAGCAGCAAUCAGCAUCCGAAUGAGAUUUUCCGCAAGCCCAAUGUCUGAUAUCACGAACAGAGUAUCGCCCUCAAAAUGCCGUCAUCGUCCAAUCAGUUUUAGUUAAUCGAAAGCGAGGAGGAUAAUAACAGUGCGGAAUAGAAAACCCAACAGGGGAUUGGACGAGAAGAACUCAUUAUAAUCAUUAUUAUCAGCGACAUCAUCAUAGACAUACUUUCUUCAGCAAUGAACAGAAAACUCUUCCUAAAGGAUUAUGCAUUUACCGAGGCAUUUACAAUGCAUCCAUUGACUUAGACUUAGACAUUAGGGUAUUAUCGCAUGACACAGCUCCUCCCAUACAUACGGUGCAAUUUCACCCACUUAAAUCGAUUUGCAUUAAAUACAAUAACAAAAGCCACAACCCAUAGUUAGUUACGACAAUUGAACAAUGGAGAUACUUAAACAACUGCCGCAGAAUCGCACAUUCAUAUCGUUAUUUGAAUCUAGACUUUGAUCAGUUUCAGCAUAACAACGUAUAUAUGCAUAUAUCCAAACUUUGAACUUUCAAGGCUUACUUAUAAAUAUGGCAACCUAAAUGUAAUCGAAGAAGCAAUGUGAUGUUAAGUUUUGAUAAAUUUAUUAACAGCCUAACUACAUAAUCGCGAUGAACUCGGUUUAAAUGUACUAUAGCGACACAAUUAUAACGAUUGUACACAUGCAUGCACCCCAUACGGAUAUAUGAAUCAGCCCUAAAUCGAAUCUAAUUCUAAACUUACAGGAGCGAUCCUUAGAUAAACCUCAAUCACAAGCAAUACUCGCCUAACGUGCAUCUACAUAAAUAACUCGAAUCGGUCCAUAGCUUAUAUACUACACGAUAUCUAACAGUGUUCAGUUAUAUGUAAUAUGUAUGUAUGUGUACUUCAAAUGCCAGUUUAUAUUGUAAAACCCAUUCCCAUCUUGCCCACAAAACGAUUUCGAUGAAAAAAAAAGUAUUUCGAUUAUGAUUUUUAGUGACUUGCACUCUCUUCAGACUAAAUGUACUUAAGGUAAUUUGCAAAAAUCUUUAGUUCUUAAGCGUUUAGUUAUAAUAAAAUGAGACAAAAACCAUUUUAAUAAAAAAUAUCUGAAAUUUACAACAAA